AUGGAAGCUACAUCUUCCAAAAGACCAAGACAAACCAAAUCAUCCGCCCGCCGUCGGAAGCCUAGAUCUCCAUCACCUCCAUCCAGAUCUCCCUCACCUCCAUCUAGGUCCCCAACACCCCCAGCCGACCCGUCUCAUUUUGGUGUCGUAUGUCUUGGCCCAGUUCAACAGGGCAAACUUGAGUCAUUCCUUAAACGAGGGUGGCACGGCUUGUUGAGGGUCCAUGAAUUGAGCUAUAAAGUCCCAACAGCUGAGUUUCUAUCCUCAGUUUAUUUAGAUCAUGGGAUCCUCUACUUCCGUCUAAUGAAUCAAGACUAUGAGAUCUCCUUGGAUCAAAUCAAUGCCAUUGUGGGGGCCCCAACGGAAAACACAUUUGGCCCCACUGAUCCAAUCCAAGGAUACUAUGACAUGACUUGGUGGACCCAGCUCACCCAAUUACAUCCAUAUGUCUCUAGCGCUGCUAAAGCCUCAUCACUUAUCCAUCCUGUGAUUAAGGUAGCUCACAGAAUCAUUGCUUCGCUCGUCGCCCCUAGAGAGGAGCGAAGCACCAUUACCGCGCUGGAACUUAAAAUCCUUUAUGCAAUGACCCAUCCCGAGAAUAACCUCAUUCCUCAUUAUGGUCGGUUUCUGUGCCACAAGCUCAUCCGCCUUAGCGCAUCCCGAUCGGGAAAGAUUGUUUGCGGGGGUAUUGUCAGCAUGCUCGCCAAGAGCGCCCACAUCCGAGCCCCAUACCCCGGUCCCCACCAGCCAAUACCGGGCGAGCCUUAUCUCACCACCACUGUCCUUGAGUCCAUGCGACUCUUCCGCUCGGCAGGCGAUGGUACACACCAUUGGACCGUGGGUCAAAAUCAUGAUCCCAAGCUCCUCAUCACACCAGAAAAUAAAGGAAUUCUUGAUUUCCGAAAUCCCAUUCAUAUGACUGAUUGGCAAAUCAUUCCAUACAUCUUCCCCCACUCUUAUUCCACCGAGGUCGAUGAGCAAAGCGACGAAAACGAGGACGAUGGUGAUGAUGAUGAAGAAGAGGAGGAGCCUCACCAUGCUUCUCCCACCGGUGGUGGCAGCUCAUCCCAUUUUGCUGCACCCCCGCCUUAUCAUCAACAAUAUAUGGACGAAUUCCAAUCAAUCCAUACCCGCCUCGACACCUAUCAGCAGGAUAUUACCAGCCUGACCCAGAAUUUUUCCACCUUCACCACCCAGUACGCUCGGGAUCAAGAGCGUCAACGCAAACAUGAGGAGGACUUCUGGGCUUGGACCCGAAACCCCAGCUACUAUCCUCCUCCUCCACCUCCGUUUUAG